CUCACUUUUAAAUCGCAGCCUAACUCCUCUCUUCUCCAUUUUUCUCUUGAAAUCAUUUAGAAGUCUAAACUAGGAAUAUUCAACCCUUCGAUACAUUACUACAUAACCCCUCUUCCAAUUCAAUAGACAUAUCUGUCACAGCCACCUAACGGAAACAAAACAAAACACCACCAUGCCCCUCGUCAUUCCCGGCAUCAACAACACCAGCGGCGGCUCGAGCCAGGAUGACUGGUCGCACAAGCUAAUGGGCAAGACCGUCACCGAGGGAUCGAGCGAUGUGAACUCAUUCGCCAAGAAAGACCUGCCGGAAACUCAUCGGAUCGUUAAGCCGGGGGAUGCGAUGACUAUGGAUCAUAACCCUGAUCGGUUGAAUAUCCAUGUGGAUGAGAGUGGGACGGUGCACAAUGUUAACUAUGGUUGAAGUGCUGGCCGGGGGAAAUUCUUAUGGGAAUGUGGUGUGUGGAUGAUAAGAUUUUAUGUACUGCGUUGGUCUUUGAUGCUAUAUGAAUGAAGGAUACGAU